AUGUGCAUCGCCAUCUUGUCUACCGCCCACCCGGAUUAUUCUCUGAUAAUCGUCGAUAACCGAGAUGAGUUCAUAUUACGGCCGACAUCUCGACCUCAUUGGUGGACUCACCAAAGUUCCGGCCAGCAGGUCCUCUCGUCGCGGGACCUGCAGCGACCCGAGAAAGGCACGUGGCUAGCUGUGAACAAAGCUGGCGACUUUGCCAUUCUCACCAACUAUCAAGAAAUUGUCGAUGAGGCGUCUGCGAUUUCUACGACGCGAAGCAGAGGUGGCAUGCCCAGCCUAUGGCUGGGCGGUGACGCAAACGAGUCGCUGACUGAUCGUGUCCAUCGCUUGGUCAAGGACGGCGGGGUCAAAGGUGUCGGCGGGUUCUCCAUGAUCUGCGGAAGGGUGCGCAAAAAUGCCGAAAAUGUUUCGAUUGUGAGCAACCGAGCAGAUCGCGUGGACGAUGUUCCGAUCGUGACGGGGGAGAGGGGAAGGACCUGGGGAUUGAGUAACACAACAUACACGAACCCGGAAAAAUGGCCGAAGGUACUGGACGGUGAGGAGCUAGUCAGCAAGGCUAUCCAAGAUGCUGUAUCCCAUAAUCAGAGCGAAUCGGAUUUUGUCGAGUCACUCUUCACAGUCCUUAGUCGGGACACGCUGCCGCCCGCCAGCGACGGAGAAGGUACCGUGCAGGAUAGCAUGAAGAGGUUUCGCCACAGCGUAUUCCUACCACCCGUCGGCACCUCUCAGCAAAAGGCCGAGUUCGCAGAAUCCGCAGCCAAAGGUCGUGUGGGCUGGGAUGAGGACUCCAAAGCUUCAAAUGGAUCCAGCCAUGCACCACCCAACCCCGUUGGCGGUUAUUCAACGGGCUUGUAUGGAACCCAGCGUCAGACAGUCAUUCUAUUCGACUUGAAUGGCAAUGCUACAUAUAUCGAGAGGGCCUUAUUUGAUCCAAACGGAAAUGUGAUUGAGCGAGGCGCGGCGGACGUGACAAUCAAGUUUACUGUGGACGGUUGGGAGACUGAGGGCUGA